AAGCAAAAUCACCAAAUCAAAAAUUCAAUCAAAGUACGAAUAACUUUGCGAAUAAUUAAAUAGCGAGACUUUGAGUGCAAACAAUUGUAAUGACAACAAAAGUGGAUUGAAACUAUUUAUUUAUUAUUGCUGCACCGUAGCAACUCGUAGAUAAUAGAAAGGAAUGUGAUAUGUGGUCAAGUGAAAAGACUGUCAGACGACGUACGCACAUAACGAGAUUUAAAUAAAAAUAUAUUGAUUCCGGAUCGGAGUUAUAAAAAAAAUAACAAGAGACUUAUGUCAUAAUUAUACGUUCAAUAAACGAGUGUUUAAGUCAUAAAUCGUCGUAAUAAUGGAGAAUAAUUUAAUUCGCGUACUCGAGGGACAAUAUUUGGACGAAAUCACGAGCGAAUUGUGCGAUUUUACGCUCGAAGAACAAAAUGCCGUCUCCGAGUCGCAGGGCAUUGCCCCAUCAAGUCCUUCGGAUUUCGUGCCAAAACUUUCCUCAACUGUCACAUACAUCGUUGCUUCGGUCAUUGUCAACGACAACGAUGAAGUCCUCAUGAUGCAAGAGGCAAAAAAGUCCUGCGCCGGUAAAUGGUACCUCCCAGCAGGUCGAAUGGAGAAAGGCGAGUCAAUUAUGCAAGCAGCUGAACGAGAAGUUCUCGAAGAAACUGGAUUACGUGUAAAAACCACAACUUUACUCGCGAUCGAAUCAGCUGGCGGUUCAUGGGUUCGUUUUGUGGUAACAGCAAAAGUGCUUGGCGGCGAACUAAAAACUCCCGCACAAGCCGACAAGGAGUCAAUUCAAGCGAAAUGGAUACACGACAUCGGAUCGCUUAGUUUGCGUGCCACAGAUAUCAUCACAAUUGUCGACAUUGCUCGUGCCCACAAACGACGCAACCCCAAAGACCCGGGAUGGCAUCGCGACAUCUUGCCAACUGCCAAGCCACAUCACAAAAGUUACCUGCGUCUCGUAAUUGCCAUCCGCAAAAAGGCCACAAAUCGUGUCAAUAUCUUGCUGAGUGAAAAGACUGCCUAUCAUUUCCCAACUGUGGAAAUUCAUCCGGGACGAAAUCUGCAUGCGACUUUGAGGAAAUUCAUGGUUGAACUGUUUGGUGCGGAGCUUCCGGCGCAUCGCCCCCACGGGAUUUUAUCUGUCGAACAUAAGCCUUCAGCAGCGGAAACGGGACCAACAGAUGGAAUUUGCGUCACGUUGCUCGUCGUUUUCAAAGCAACACUCGAGGAAGUGUCACUCAUCGGGAAAUGCGCAUGGCACGAAGUCAGCAAGGAAUUAAGUGAUCGUCUUACGUUGCUAGUUGCGUCAAAGCACUCGACAAUACCGCUACAUGUUGUGCGGUAGAGAAAUUUUCGCAUCUUUCGUCAUAUUUUUACGUCUUAUCAUCAGGGUUGGAAAAACUUUUGACUUUUACUUAAUGGAGCGGAAUCUGAAAAUUGAACAAAAAAAGUAUUUUCAACCCUGCGCCUUCUAAACAAUGCACGCCGCCGCUGAAAAGCAUGAGAAAGAAUAGAAAACAAUAGGAUGCGAUAAUUACAGACUGUUACAUAUCUCUUUUGCGAUGCAUUUUUAAGUGGAUUUCUCCUCUUCCCCGAGAAACAAUAGCUUUAAGUAGUCAAACGAGUCACAAAAUCACAAACAAAUGGAUGGAUGGAUGCAAAAACCACAAGUUAAUUAUGCGUGAUGUUUACCGCAAAACAUAAUUUCAUCGUCCGAUCCGAAAGUAGGAGGUAUGAACGUGCCAACGUGUUGAUGUUGAUAAAUAAAUGAAAAUCAAAAAAUUUAAUACUCAUUCAUGUGAGAAAGAAAGAAAUAAGAUGCUAUAUAUUUAAUAAAUAAGUAGAUAUAGAUGAUAAAGUUAUUUACUUACCUACGUUGUUGAACACAAAAAAAAAUGAACAAAACGGUGCUUGGUAUUAUAUUCAUACGAGAAAUUUUUACUUUACUCUUAUUACCUAAUGAUAGUUUUAAAAUUGUACUUUUAUGUUGAUUAAUUUUUAUCUUGUCUGUAAGAAGAAAAGUUG